UGUAGUGCUUCACCAUCACGAAGAAACAUGGCGGACAGCGUGGUGAAUCCUUUGACUGUUCGUGACUUCAGUAAAGUUAUUUUAACUUUAGAUAAUGUUCUUGUACAGAGCGAGAAACUGUCAGAAACACCCUCCAUGCAAGAUGGUCUUGAUUUUGAAACUGAAACAGAUCUCCGAAUAUUGGGCUGUGAGCUAAUUCAGACGUCGGGGAUCCUGCUCAAACUUCCACAGGUCGCCAUGGCUACUGGUCAAGUUCUCUUUCAACGAUUUUAUUAUUCGAAAUCAUUCGUAAAACACAACAUGGAGGUUGUAGCAAUGGCAUGUGUCAACCUGGCAUCCAAAAUUGAAGAGUCCCCUCGGAGAAUUAGAGAUGUGAUCAACGUUUUCCAUCACAUCAAACAAGUUCGAAGUGGCAGGACCAUCCAGCCCCUUAUCCUUGACCAGAACUACAUCAACAUAAAGAACCAAGUCAUCAAGGCAGAAAGACGUGUCCUCAAGGAGCUCGGUUUCUGUGUACAUGUUAAACACCCUCACAAAAUCAUUGUGAUGUAUCUGCAAGUGCUUGAUAGUGCAAACAACCGGCGCCUGGUGCAGUGUGCAUGGAACUACAUGAAUGACAGUUUUCGGACAAAUGUGUUUAUGAAGUACCAGCCUGAGACUAUUGCUUGUGCCUGCAUUUUCCUAGCAGCCAGACAGCUACAGGUUCCCCUACCUGACAGCCCUCCUUGGUAUUACUUGUUUGAAGUGGAGGAAGAUGAGAUACGAGAUAUAUGUAUAGCAUUGCUGAAUCUUUACAGUAGACCAAAGCCGAACUGUGAUGAACUGGAAAAGAUAGUGGAAAAGGCCAAGAAGAUUCAGGUUGAAGCAAAACUCAAAGCCAAAGGACUUUCAUCUGAGUAUGGCACUCCCAACUCCACAUCCAGACAGAACUCGCCAAAAAAUGUCAGUCCAAAUCCGUCCAUAUUGCCUGGGAUGAGGAAGGUCAAGCUUGAAGAAGAUCAUCAUUCUGAUGGAAGUCAUGGAAGCCGCAAUCACAAUUCCAAAAAGCGGGGCCACUCUGGUAGUGAUCAUAGCCGCUCAGAUAGAAGUCCAAGUCAUUCACGCUCAAGAUCCUCUAGAACCUCAUCAAGUAGAAGCACAAGCAGGAGUCCAGUAUCGCGGAAGAAAAUGCGAAGCCCCUCCAGGAAAUAUAAGAAAGAAAGGCGGUUAUCACCCAUCAGGUACACAUAUAAAGAAAAGCACUCCCACAAGCGAAAGCGAAGAUCACGUUCUAGAUCUCAAAGUCGGUCCCAUGAAGAGCAUUACUCCAAAUCAAGUCUAAAAAAAUAUUACAAAGAGAAAGACAGGGGAUACAGCCCAGACAGACAUCGUUCUCGGAAACAUCGGAAUGGCCAUCGUGCAAAUUCCAGGGACAGGUAUGAUAAAUACCGUCGGUGAUACUGUUUGAAGCAAGUUGGGUGCUAUAUUGGAGUAACUUUGCACAAAGAUUAGUGUUUGAAACAUUGGCCAGUGAGACAGUACGGUGACAGCAAAUAUACGCUAUGGACAAGAUUGAAGUUGUGACUGGAGCUGGGAGCUAACUUUCUAAUUGACUCAAAAAUAUGUUUACUAUUCAUAUUGUGUAUUACAAUGUUGAGUUGAUACCAGACAACAUGAAAUGUGUACUGGAAUUUGAUUAGGAACAACUGGGAAUGUGUUCUUUUCUUCUUGUUUUCCUGCUACACUGGUUAUGAGGAGUGUGACAUGUCAACAGUAUUUUCUGUUUUGUCAGCUCUUUGGACUGUCGCUGAUAUUAGUUUGUCAACAGUUAAGGUAAUAAUCUUGUUGGCAGAUUUGUACAAAUAUUGAAGUUAUGGCUGUGAUUAAUGUAUGUUGGAUAUUUUGCUUGGUCGGAAAACCCAGUCACCUGCAAGUGACCUAUAAGUGCAAUUGACCUAUACUGUAAAUGUGGGAUCGAAAAGUAGAAAAAAAUGUGAUGUGUUGAAUUACUUUUGAUUAACUAUGUUCAGAUACCUGCUUUAGCAGUUGGUGUUCUCUUAAGAAUAUUAUUGGAAAGAUCAACAGUACUUUCAGUUUGCUUGAGUUGGCAUUGAUGAUUUGCAUUCCAACUUCUGUAUUUAGUUUAUCAUGUUGUACAUAACAAUCAUGUCCAUUACAAUUUCUGGUCACUGUUCAUGUUAUGCCUGUACUCAGGGUACAAGACUGUGUGCCUGUCAGAUCUGACUGCAUGAAUGUUCAUAUUGAAUGAAUGGAAAUUCUGUUUUGUAAAUAAUAUAUAUUUUACAUGAAGAAUAAAUUAAUGACGACA